CUGGGGGAGUUACGCCAGGGCUGCCCCACCUCCCGGGGAUUAAGGAAACAGGAAAGAGGUGGUGGGAAGGAGCAGGGCACCUUAGGCAGAGACACGAUGGUCUCCCUCCUCCAGAACCAGGCUUGCUUCUCUUCUUCUUACAUUGCGCGAUGGGGGGCACCACCAGGACUGGCAUGGGUCCAGAUGUCAACAACACAGACAAGUUAGUGGAAAUCAACAGCACAGAAACAACAACAGUGACCCCAGGAGGACCGACCACCUCAGAGAGAAUCUUUGGGAGUACUCGACUCUAUGAGAAUUCAGCCGUCACCUACACUUCCUCGAAAUCCAAAACAUCUCUAGCUUCUGAGACCUUGGCACCAGCCGGAACUGCCUACAAAGCUGAGACUAAGAUAGCCGAGUCUUUUUCCCCAGUGGAGACACUCAUGAUAACGGAUGCCCUGGAUAAAAUGGAGACUACAACACUACUGGAGAGCACUAACCCCACCACUGCCUCUGUUACAGUCAUCUCAGAAUCAGGGACAGCCAUAGACAAGACCCGCAGCCAGGCUAAAACUUUGACAAUAGCCUCUUCUACUACAGAAGCAGAGGUAGACACAACGGAAUCUCUUGCCUCAGCUGAAACUUGGCGUAGGAUGAGCAUCUUCUGCAAAGUAGUCUGGAAAUCAUUAAUAGAGCCACCCCUGCUUCCUCUUCCACCCCACCAAAAGCAUGGAAAACAUAGACAUCAUCCCAAAGAACACCAUGACUACUUACAGUCUGUGACAGACUACCCCUGGACUUCUCCUUUGAACAGUAGCAUCCCAGAAAACUAUGAAACCGGCAUCAAAACUUCCAUUUUCACUGAGGCCAUGACCACAACUGACACUUCCACAGAAUCAGAGAUCUCAAACCCUUUUAGGACCAUUAUCCUUGAGGAGACCUCUGGAAUAAUGAUACCACCAGGAAAAGAGACUGUCAUUGUAGAAGAAAUAUUACCCUUUACACUCCUGGAUGAGUUCACUGAGAUAGUAGAUACAGCCGGCAACACCUUAGAAAGAGAAGGGACCCCAAUCAAGACCACAACCCUCCCUGGGACUUUGACUACAGCCAGUCCUAUUACAGAAGCCACCAUGCUGACAAGCAACCUCAUUGAUACCUUCCCUAUAGCUGACAGCACCCAAGAAAUAAAGACCACCACUGCUGUAGCCUUGUCCAUGGCCUAUACCAAUACAGAAGCAGAGACUACUAGCCCUGAGAUAGACACCUCUGCUGAGCCUUUAGAUGUAGCUGGCAAUAACUUACAGCCAAAGACCAUAGGUGAAAAAACAACCUUAACUGGUGACAUCACAGAAACAAUUGGGACUAGAGCUAAGACCACCAUUUUUUCUGGGUCCUCAAUGACAAUCGACAGCUCUACAGAAGAAGGGACUUCAGUCUUCUUAAAGACUGAUUUCUUUUCUGAAACAUCAGCUUCAUCUUCCUCAGCUGAAGAUGAGUUGAGCUCAGCUGUUGAGACCUUGACAACAACCAACACCAUCACCAUGGCAGUGUCAACCACAGCUGAAACUCCUAAUGCAGCUGAGACCCUUGGUACCACAGGUCACACUGUAGAAACUACAGGCGAAAUGGCAACAGACACCUUGAAUACAAUUUACAUUCCCACCACGGAAGAAGCCACAGCUCCGACUGAGACAGCUGUCUUCCCUGAGGUCCCAAGUACAGUUAUGAUCUCCAAGUUCACUACCCCUGGUGAGUUUUCAGACAAAGUCUAUACCACCACCGAAGGGACAACAGCCCCAGGAAUAAAUUCCUCCGGAGACAAGACUUUAACCUCAGGCAAGACCCCAGCAAUAGUCUCAACAAUAGGAAAGCAUACUGUCACUGCCCUGAUGAACCAAAACACCAAUGCUAAUUCCCGUCACGAUGGAGGCUUUCUCCUCCUUCGGCUGAUUGUGUCCUCCUCCCUGGACCUCACUGAUCAUAAGGUGGCAAAGGAGCUCCUGCAUAAGCUUCAUCAGGAUCUGCAGGUACAAGUCCCCUACACCCAAAUCUCUUUGAUGAAGGUCACCAAGUAUUGAAGAGUUUUUAUUAGCAGCCUGGAGAGUGACUUCAGUAAAGAGAAGAUAAUGCUGCU